CGAUUACGAGCGUCCCUCUCCAUUAAGCUCUGGACCAGGAGUGAGUGGUGUACUGGUUCCCGAGUUCCCAGUGCACACAUAUCGGCACACACUGACGGCCAUGCCUCAAAGAUACUCCCACCAGAGGAGGAAAGCCAGCACAGCUGCUGCAAGGAGAAUGGAGAGGAGAAGAAGGGACCAAUGCAACACUAAGAACAGCAACCCAAACAGCAGCCAUAACCACCGUUCGAAGAAGAUCGCCAUGCUCUCCAGGUCCUUGAUUCUGUGUCACUCUAAAACCAACGAGGACUGCCCCAGUCUUGAAGGGAAGGAGGUCGGUAGGACAGUGAUGUCAGAGGAGAGAAGGACAUGGCGUUUAGGCUGGAGAACAGACGUGGCCACUGAGGAUAAAACAGGAUGUAGGAAUGUAGAAAUCGAACAGUGGAGGAUGCGGCAGUCAACCCCGAACACAAGUGGAGGCACAGUAGCUGACAGACAAUUGCUUCACACCACCCCUUUGAGUGAAAAUAAAAAGAGCUUGCGGAGAUCUUUUAGCAUCAAGGACAGCAGUAUUUGGAAGAUGUGUGUCGCCACAAGGCCAACGGAGGACGUGUGUAUCCCACAAAUGGCAGAUAAUUGCGGCCUAACAGAACACAACCACAGUAAUGCGGAGCCAAGAAUGAAUGGAGCGGAUUCAAAAAGAGGUUCCAACUUCCUGAGCCAAGAGGAGCUGGCACCUUUUAACGGACAGUGUUUAAGCAGCGGUGCGUGGAUGGAGGAGGUUGGAGUGAAAAGCAUACACACCAGAGCCCAUCGAGAGCUAAUUUCACCACCUGAAGACUCUCUCCAUCAGAAUAUAAUGACCAGAAGUCUACAACAUCCAUCUCUUAUUACCACAUCAGAUGAGCUCUCAUUAUCUGCAUCCAUAGAGAAAGAACUUACCGCCAACAACAAUCAUAUCAAGAUGCCUAUUUCAGAGGUCAAUGAAGAAAGUUGCCGUGACACAGAAAAAUGUCACCCAAGUCCACAAGGACAGAAGAGCUGCAACAAAACGUACUCCAACUCACAGAGCGUUCAUCCUUAUUGGAUUGGGGAUUUGGACAGCAUCAUUAUGAAGAACCCUGACAGGUAUAUCAGUGACCCUCAUGGGAGAAGUCCUUUAUAUGGGACCAGAACUUCCCUAUCCCAGCAACUGGACUUUGUCCGCAAUUCACUUCAGCCUGGUCGCUCUGUGCGCUCUUUGAGCUCUACCCAUCUGGCCAAUUCCUGCAGCAACACUCAAGCCUUUAUAAUCUGUCAUAUUGUAUUGAUGAAGGGUAAUGGCAAGGGUCUGGGCUUCAGCAUAGUCGGUGGGAGAGACAGCAUCUGUGGACCAAUGGGGAUUUAUGUCAAGACCAUAUUUCCUGGUGGAGCGGCGGCUGCUGAUGGAAGGCUACAAGAGGGUGAUGAGAUCCUGGAGCUCAAUGGGGAGUCCAUGCACGGAUUGUGUCAUGACGAUGCCCUAAACAAGUUCAAACAGAUCAAAAAGGGUCUAUUGACUCUGGUGGUCAGGACAAGCCUGCGAGUGGGGGCCUUGUGUGGCCAGGCCCAAGUCGCUCAGCUGUGCAGAUCACGCUCACUCAGCUCCACCACGGGCAUGGCCAGAAUCAGUGAUGAAAUGGGAAAUUACAACUUCAAAGCUUGUAAGACUUCCAUCAGUGAUGUUCUUAGUUCACCUGCUAAACCAGGGGACCGCGUCAUGAUGGAGAUCAUCCUGCAGAAAGAGGUCAGUGUUGGUCUGGGUAUUGGACUGUGCUGUGUGCCAUCCACUGAUGGAUGUCCUGGAAUCUACAUACAUACCUUGUCACCUGGAUCUGUUGCACACAUUGAUGGAAGACUUCAGUAUGGGGAUGAGAUCAUGGAAAUCAAUAACACUGUGGUUUACAAUAUGGCACUAAACGAUGUCUACACAGUCCUGAGCCAUUGCACACCAGGGCCAGUUCAGGUGAUCAUCAGUCGACACCCUGACCCCAAAGUGUCAGAGCAUCAGCUGAAUGAUGCAAUAGCUCAAGCUGUGGAAAAUAGCAAACUGAGACCGGACAAGAGCCACUGGAGUAUUGAUGGCCAUGGUUUGCGAAAGUCCUGUUCCCACAGCCGGCAAAGAUGCAAACGCUGUUCUGAAAGGAGCUCCAGUCAGGUCACAGUUCGUCAAGUUCAAAAAUCCAUGACCCGCUCCUGCAGUGACAACACCAAUAACCAUCACCACGACCGCCUGCUCAACAUCCACAACUUUCCCAACACACGUCAUAACCCAUCAGCCCGCGUCCACAGCCUUGACACACCUCAGUCAAUGACAAAGACACGGUCCGACAACAGACUCUCGGUGCCUGUGUGUGCUGAUGAUGACUACAAUGUUCCAUUUAACUCUUCUGUCGCCACGUCUAGUCAGAAGACCCCGGAUGAGCCCUUCAGAGGCAAUAAGAAAGAAGAACAAACGAGAAAACUGUCAGAGGGGAGCAGAGAAAAUUUGACUGUGGAGGCCAAGUUACCCGCAGGUGGGGCGUCAGCUGUUCUUUGCUCACAAUCAAAAAGAGGAGCUUUUAAGAGGCAAGCACGCAUUGGACAGCAGCUUCAGGAUCCCUGGGUUCGCCUCGUGGAACAUUUCCCUCACGAUUUGCGAGAAGUCCGAGACCUACACACAUUUCUCCACCACCCCGCAGACAGUGCUGUCACGAUGAAAAAUGAAGAGACCAUGGCGGAGCUGAAUUGCGGUGCCGCGGAUGCUACUUCAAUUCAUCUGUCCAACCUCACCCCCGAAGACAAAGACGAGAUCCCCAUGGGAUCAAAAAAAGGGCCUCCGGUGGCACCCAAGCCUGCUGGGUUUCGCCAGAGCCUGAAAAAGAUUCGGCACGAGCAAGACCAGAAGAUGCAGGGUGAACUUGCAAAGCCAAGGCACGCUGUCGGCUUCUACAGAAGCUUCAAUAGGAGAUUUGACUCAUCUGUUUCCAACCUGUCCAUUAAAGAUAAAAUCCACUCAUUUGAGACUUUUUCAACCCCAGCCUCUCCAGAGAAAGUGGACACUAAGAGGCAUGUAGUCCCAUCUAGCUCGCUUCCUCUGAUGGAGAGAGAGUUAGACAGAAAACAUGCCACAAACAAAAAUGAAGCCUCACAAGAAAUCCAGGCAAAGCAGUCUGCAUCUGUCACGGGAACAGACAUGUCCGAUUCUCCCUCUUCUAUCAUAGCAUUCAAUCUUGAAACGAGCAGGACAAAAAACAUUCCCAAGGCUGAGCCUCAAUCUAGUCAAUUAGCUCCCGAUCACUUGCCCUCUCAGACUGAUGCAGAAGCUGCGACACAGUUUUCUCAUUCACUUUCAGUCCAACAUGCGUUAAAUAUCCACCCCUCCGAAGAAUUGCUUGUUACUCCUGUACCGGAAGCUCGAGGAGUAGAUGUCAGUAGCUCUGCAGAGUCCAAAGAUUUCUCCACUCCAUGCCUCGCCUCUGUGGGACUCAGUCAUGCCGAAGAAGGGAGUUCUCCAGAAAUGUCAGAACAGGAAGAAGUAAAGAAUCAAACAGAACAUUAUCACUUGAACCCAAGUGACAAUCCGUCGACCGACAAUACCGCUCAUCGAGACCUGGAGGGAGAGAAUUUUGGUAAAAUCCUUGCCUUUAGCAACCAGGUAUCGCAAGUGUUGAUGCGGACCCUUCCCGUGCCCACUGAGCAUGGUCCGGCCGGUUACUCUCCAAACCUCUUAACCUCCACUGGUGAAGAUGUGAUCAACCCCCAUGAGUGUGAUCCCCUUUCAGAUGUCACCGACACUGGAUUUUCUAUUAGCUUGGCCACUCUCAGAGCAUGUACAAUUGAGUUUGAGGAGGGGGGAUCCCCCCAAGAAGUGGUGGUUCCCUCUGCUUGCGCUCAGUCCGUCAUUUCAGCGAUCCCGUGUGAGGAAAUAGAGAUGAUGAUCAAAGAAGUCAGAGCUCUGGACGAAGAUGUGCUGACGCAACUGCAAGACAUCCAUGUUGUGAUUCUGCACAAGGAAGAGGGAGCUGGACUGGGCUUCAGCAUUGCUGGAGGCUGUGACAGGGAGAGUAAAACUCUGACAGUACACAAAGUGUUUCCCAACGGCCUUGCCACACAAGAGGGCACUAUCCAGAAAGGAGACGAGGUGCUGUCUAUCAAUGGCCAAACACUCCGUGGCGUUACACAUGCAGAUGCCACUGCGGCACUGCGUCAAGCCCGCACUCCACAACUUGCUGUGGUCGUCGUCUGCAAGAGAGCAGAGGAACAGAGGGAAGACAGAAGGGAGGAGUCCAUCUGUGCAAUGGAGGAGUCCGGCACUUUGGUGAGUGUGGAGCUGAAGAAAGGUGCAGGUGGAGUUGGCUUCACUUUGGAGGGAGGAAAGGGUUCGCUGCAUGGAGAUAGACCGUUAUUCAUCAACAGGAUCUUCAAAGGUGGAGCAGCAGAACGAUGCAGUCUUCAGUGUGGAGAUCAAGUUUUGCAAGUCCAGGGUACCAGUCUUCAGGAUAUGACCCGCUUUGAGGCCUGGAACAUGAUCAAGGCUUUACCCGACGGGUCCAUCACAGUGGAAAUCAGGAGGAGACACAGCCACUAGAAGCUCUUUUCACUUCAAGAGGCCGCAAAUCGCAACAGUGGAUACGCAUCCCAAGGACCUUUCCUUGAGAUAAUCACUCAAAGAAUGUUGUACUGUUGUCAGCAAAUUCAUGGAAACCAGGUAUUAGCUUCCCAGCAUGAUGCAGCAUUUUUUAUCUUUAAAAACACUGUUAUUUCCUUCAGUUACAAUAAUCUCUGCAAAGUUACAGGACAACUCUGGAAUUAGUUUGGGUCCUUCUCAGUUAUGUACCUGAACAUCUCAUUGAAUCUGUCAAGCAUUAUUGAUUCAUUUCAAAUAAAGAAUCUCAGCGCUUUUGUAUGA